AGGGACUGAAAACCAAGUGAGGAGAUGAAGGAUUUGCCUUACGCUACAUCAGGGAGUCCAGAGAGGAUCAAUACGGAGAUAGAUUCUGACGACCAAACAAGGAACCACUGCACAAUUGUCAGAAGCCAUCCAGCCUUGCACCGUGAAACUAUUAUCUGGAAAUCAACUAGAUUAAGGGAGCUUUGAAACAUCAUCAGAUCUGAAACUGGUCAGUGGUGUGGAGCCUUCCAUCGGAACCAACCUUUCUGAAGGUUCGGCUGUGGGUGAUCGGUCAAGCUGAGGUUGUGAAGAUGUGUGAGGGACUCUAAAUAUGUUGAGAGCUACAAGAAUCACUGACUCAUUCCUCCAGGACAGAGGCUGUUCUAAUGUGAGGUGAAUGAAGAGGUCUCCACAGGCUGAGAAAAUCUCCUCAUAUACAAAGAGAGCAACAUGCAAGAGAAAUCAUUCAAGUGUGACAUGUGUGACCAAGCUUUCAGACUGUCAUCAGCACUUGUGACUCAUCGACACAUUCACAAUGAGAAGAAGCUGUUCAAAUGUGACCUGAUCACUCAACAAUCUGUUCACACGAGGAAGAAAUCAUUCAUAUGUGAGGUGUGUAACAAAUCAUUCUCACGGUCAUCAGAUCUUUGCACACACCAGCGCACUCACACAGGGGAGAAACCCUUCAUGUGCAAUGUGUGUGAUAAAUUGUUCUCACGAUCAUCUACGCUCCAUGCUCACUACCGGAUCCACACUGGGAAAAAGCCAUACAUGUGUGAGACAUGUGAUAAAUCAUUCUCCCAGUUAGGGAAUCUCCACAGACACAGACGCACUCACACAGGGGAGAAACCGUACAAGUGCGAGGAGUGUGACAAAGCAUUCUCUGACCCAUCUGCCUUGCUGCUCCAUCGGAGAACACACACUGGGGAGAAACCCUACACAUGUGACGUGUGCAGCAAAUCCUUCUCACAGUUAGCGACCCUCCGCAGGCACCAACGUAUGCACACGGGGGAGAAAGCGUUCACAUGCGAGGUGUGUGACAAACCAUUCUCUGACUCAUCAAGACUCCUGCUCCAUCAGAGAAUUCACACAGAGGAGAAACCAUACAUGUGUGAGGUGUGUGACAAAUCAUUCCGUCAGUUAGCACACCUCCGCAGGCACCAACACACUCAUACGGGAAAAAGGCAUUACAUGUGACUUAUAGGGUAUAUCAUUUUUAGUCUCACCACCAACAUGAACAGGUGAUUUUUCUCUGAUUGGUUACCUCCAUACAUUUUCCACAUGAUGAUUUUCAGGUUGAACCAGACAUCGCCUCUGUGUAUUUUGAACAUUGGUGUUUCAGGGUAAAGUGAGCCAGUUCUCAGUACUGGGUGUGGGGUAAAGUGGGAUCCUGUUUUAGCUGACGAUGUGAAUUAUAUACGGAACCUCAUCGGGUGUCAAGUGUUUGACGAAUACCAUGGGGAAUGUUUGUACUCACCUGUCUGAGCAGACUACUAUCUUGAAUAUGUGAGUGGGAGUGAGUCUGUACAGACCUGAGUUCCCUCAGCCUACGAUAUCUCAAUGAAUUACUGGUGAGAUAUGAUCAUGUUGCACUCUGUCAACAUUUAUGGCAUGUUCUGGGAACAAUCUUGAGUCAUUUUCAAAUAGUCAUAGAGAUGAACAGGAUGAAAUAGACACUUUGGUCCAACUCGUCUAUGCCAACCAGAUAACCUAAAUUGAACUCGUCUCAUUUGGCUGCACUUGGUCCAUAUCUCUGCAAACCCUUCCUAUUCAUUUACCUAUCCUUAUGACAUUUACAUGUCAUUCUACCAUCCUCCACCACUUCCUCUGAAAGCUCAUUCCAUACAUGCGCUACCUUUGAUUGAAAACGUUGCCCCUGAGGUCCUUUCUAAAUCUUUCUUCUCAACCGCAAUGAGAGUUUUAUAUAAGCUGAAUUAUUGUGUUGAUGUUUAUCUGCUGAUUCAUCAAUCUUCUGUGUAGAUUUAUUCAAUAAAUUGAACCCAACCAAACUGACCCAAA